AUGGACACAACCACCUGUCGGCUCUGGUCCAUCCAGGAGGACGCCCGCGGUCCCGCCGGAGGGGCAGGCUGCGAACGGCCCCGUCCCCCGCCCUCCGCCGGGCUGGGUCCCACGGGCCGCACCCUGGUCACCCAGGAGCGAGGCGCGCCCGUGGCGGCUUUCCGCCGACGCCCCGCCGGCCGGGAAGGGAAGUUCGGGGGUCACGAGCCCCUCAGCCUGGCACGCUCGCAGGGCACACACAGGGGUCACGAGCCCUUCAGCCUGGCACGCUCGCAGGUGCACACAGGGGUCAUGAAGGCCACCGUCCAUCCCGCAGGCAGGCCAGAGCCCCUGGAGUCCCCCAGGAGGAACCCCACAGACCUGGCCCUACCACCCGCUCAGUCACGGGGGCCUCCACGGCACACCAGGACGUCCAGGCUGGUCCUGCGAGACACUUCCUGCCAAAGCCUGGCUUUGAGGGGAGGAGGGCUCUCCUCAGGCCUCAGUUUCCCAACAGAGAGAAGGGCUCACACUGCAACAGAGACCCGAGUGACAGGAUGGAAGCGGAGCCCCUGUGGGCAGGGGAGGCCUCUCGGCUCCACACUCACCCUGAUCCCUGGCAUCGGGGCAGGGGGAGGCGGCCACAGCACUGCCCCCUACAGGCCCACGCUGUACCCUGCUCUCGGGGCAACUGUCACCCUCCGUCUGGGCUCCCGGGCUAGGAAGGAAGCAGGCACCAACUCACGGCCCUGUGACAUCCGCUCUGCCGCACAGGGUCACACGUCAGUGUCCUGGGAGUAUGCCCAGCAAGGGAGCCAUAUGGACAGUGCCUUCGACAGAGAGGUUGAGAGGCUGACCGAGCGACUGGAAGAGAGGGAGCGGGAGGUGCGGCAGCUGCUGAACCAGCCUCAGCAGGAGAGGGAGGAGGAGGUGGUCCUGCUGCGGAGGCGCUUGGAGGAGAAGGAACGGGCCCAGGCCGCCAGCCGCGUCCUGUGCCGCUCCCUGGCUGCCGAGACCCAGCAGCUGCAGCGGACCCUGGCCGCCACCACCCACGUGUGCCAGCACCUGACUGGCCGGCUGGCCGAGCAGCAGCGAGCGCAGGGGGAGGUGGCGAGGAGGAACCCUGAGCCGGAGCAUGCUGGAAGGGAUGCCUCCAGCCAGUCCGCCAUUGGAAAGUUACAGGAAGAAAACCGGCUGUUGAGGCAGAAGGUGAUUCAGGUGGAAGAUCUCAAUGCCAAGUGGCAGCGCUACGAUGCCAGCCGGGACGAGUAUGUGAGAGGGCUCCAGGAGCAGCUGAGGGGGCUGCAGGGGUCCCCUGCCGCCGCGCAGGCGAGGAAGGAGAUCUCCCGCCUCAACAGACAGCUGGAGGAGAGGAUCGCGGCCUGUGACGCCGCACAGCAGGAGCUGGCCGCCGCCCGGGAGCGGGUGCAGAUGCUGGAGCAGCAGAUCCUCACCUACAAGGAGGACUUCGAGUCAGAAAGGGCCGAUCGGGAGCGGGCUCACUGUCGGAUUCAAGCUCUGGAGGAGAAGGUCUCCUCUUUGCUGUACCAGGUGUCCCGGACAGAGGACCCCCGCCGGCCGGGCCCCGCCACCACACCCUUGGAGACGGAUACAUCGGAGCCCACGGUGCCCAGGCCCGGGCAGCUGGCACUGGCCGCAGAGGGCAGGUGCUCCGACGCAGCCCUGCCAGGCCAGGGCGCCCUCCAGUGCCCACGCUGCCUGCGCUGCUUCGGUGAGGAGCAGGGUGAGGAGCUGCUCAGGCACGCGUCGGAGUGCUGCCAGUGACCCCGUGCCCGGGCCCUGCCCUGCCCUGCCCAGCCCGGCCCCGCCCAGCCCAGGUGCUGCUCACACUCGGCUCCCUGACUGUGGGAUGUGGGGUCCCCCAGAACGGGGCAGGCCUGACAGCUCCCUAUGGGCCCCUGGUGGCCGCAAGAAGGCCAGGGACCACAGGCCAGGGCGGGAGUGUGCAGGGUGGGCAGUACCUGGUCUCCCGCUGUCACUGAGGCUGCAAGCCAUUGGCUCUGGGGACUCAGGAGCCCGCGCCCUGCCCGGCUGGUCAGCACCGACUGUGCUGGGCUCACAGCUGCCCCGGCGCUGCUGCCCAGCCAACGUUCGCUUGUGUUCUACCUGUUUUGAGAAUAAAUGCACUCACCCCGC